AAUUCCUUUUACAGGAGCAACACAAUUCCUGCUCCCAAUCUGCUACAAUUGGCACCUACUGAACGUUAUGCCAAUUACUAUAAUAUGAAUCAUUCCAAACGUGGUCUAGCUCUCAUCUUCAACCAUGAAUUUUUCACCGUUCCACAUCUUAAAGCUCGUUGUGGUACAAAUGUUGAUUGUGAAAAUUUAAUUAUCACACUGAAAACACUUGGUUUCGAAGUAAAUGACUACCAUAAUUUGACUCACAAGGAUCUAGUAAAACAAUUAGAAAAAGCUUCAGAAAUGGAUCAUUCUGAACACGAUUGCUUGGUGGUAGCUGUAUUAAGUCAUGGCGAACUUGGACUGCUAUACGCUCAUGAUACUGCAUACAAAGCAGAUUCUCUAUGGCAUUAUUUCACUGCCGAUAGGUGCCAGAGUCUUGCUGGCAAACCUAAGCUAUUCUUCAUACAAGCUUGCCAGGGUGAUAAACUGGAUCCAGGCGUUAGUCUUAAAGAACGUACUGAAACGGAUGGACAUCCUUUCCCGACUUUUCGCAUUCCUACUCAAGCGGACUUUCUUAUUGCCUAUUCAACCAUUCCAGGUUAUUAUUCCUGGAGGAACACCAGCCGUGGAUCUUGGUUUAUGCAGGCAUUAUGCAGUGAGUUGAGCGCUAAUGGCACUCGUUACGAUAUAUUGACUCUACUGACAUUUGUAUGCCAACGCGUCGCUUUAGAUUUCGAGUCGAACACGCCCGAUAACAUAGCCAUGCAUCAGCAGAAACAAAUUCCAUGCAUUACCACUAUGCUGACGCGCUUAGUAAAAUUUCCACCAAAGAAUGGGAUUGUAUAGCCUGUAGGAUAAAGAAAAUCAUUGUAUCGCAUUUAUGUACCUAUUUAUGGUACAUGGGCCAUAUCGUUGUUAGCAAAAGGCUUGUUCUUUGUCUCUGUAUUGAACUACACUUAUAGAUGUCUAUACUAGAUCGCUAACUUGCUACUCAGAGGCCAAAAAGUUGUGUCAAAUUGGAAAUCCGAUUUUCAGCCAUUUAACCCAAGAAAGUGGUGGCGACAGUAUGUAUUAAUGCAUAGAUAUCUGUGAAUUUCAAUUAUAGACAAUGCUAAAAUACUGUUGCAUACAAAAGUGCAAAAAUAAUGUUUUAGUGCGUUAUACUAAAGCUUUUCCGCUCUCGCCAAACAUUCAAAUAUACAUCUAUUUCAUUUUAAGAACAAUCAGUGCAUACUAAUUCAGCUACAAAGAACAGACCUAAAGCUGCAAAUGGUGCAAGUAUCAAUUUUAUUCAUGCGCCACAAUUCGGUAAUAUGAUUAUCCUGUAUUAGAUACUAUACAUAGCAUUUUAUACUAUAUUUAAUAUCAUUUUAAAAUAAUUUUAUAAGCUGUUUAUGUCCCAGUGAGAGAAUUGCAUCUAUAUUAAUCACAACAAUAUGAAAUUUUUUUUUUAACAGCAACAGAUAUACAUGAAAGUAUUUUUUUUUCUCUUGCUCACGUUAUUGUUCCUCCUGUCUCUACCAGGAAAACAGACUGCCAAACUUUUCUUUUUUUACAUUUUCAGUUUUCAUUCAUACAUUUCUACAUGACAAAAAAACAUUAUAUUGUGUUGUGAUAAAAAUAGCAUUUCUUUUUUUAAUAUUUAGCAUAAUUAUUUACGAUAAGUAUCAAAGUAUAAAAUAUCUGAACAAAUUUACUUUAAAAAACUUCAGAAGUAGCUACUUUGUUUGUGACAUUCUGAUUUCAUUAAGAAUUAAGGUAUAUAUAAUUAAGAUAUUAUAAUAAGUACAAAUACAAAAGUUAUCGACUGCAAAAAAAUAAUGUCACAUAUAAUAUUCUCAAUCAUAUUUU